AUGCUGCCAACAGUUUCUGCUGGGGCGCCAAGUGGGAGUCCCACAACAGCAACUCAAGCACCCACAGCACAGCCAACCAUUUCGCCAACCAUGCUGCCAACAGUUUCCGCUGGGGCGCCUAGCGCGAGCCCCACAACAGCAAACCCAACAAGAGCUCCAACCCAAUUUCCAACAGUCUCGCCCACUAAAUCUCCAACAAGUCCACCCACAAGCAUAUCAACUGCACCUCCAUCCAAUGCCACAACUCUCGGCCCUACCGAGGCACCCUCUGCUCAACCGACAACACCAACACCUACCGGGACCCCUACUGAAGUGCCCACUGCACAGCCAACCAAGGUGCCAACUAUGUUGCCAACAGUUUCUGCUGGGGCGCCUAGUGCGAGUCCCACAACAUCAAGUCCCACAAGAUCUCCAACCCUAUCUCCAACCGACUCACCCACAAAGUCUCCAACAAGCACACCAACUGCGCCUCCAUCCAAUGCCCCAACAGGAGUACCUACAACCCAGCCAACAGAGAAGCCAACCAAUGCACCCACUUCUUUGCCUACUGUUUCUCCCGGUGCCCCAACGAAGUCUCCGACAAAAUUGCCAACAGGAGUACCAACCAAGUUUCCCACCAAUACUCCAACCAAGAUGCCAACAAGUGCUCCAACCAAACCACCAACGACACAGCCAACCAAUGUACCCACAGACACUCCAACUGUUCUUCCAACAAGACAACCCACCAACCUGCCUUCGAAUGUUCCAUCCUUGCUUCCCAGCAGGGCUCCAUCUGCUGUGCCAUCUACAAUUCCGAGCAGAAUCCCAUCUGUUGUCCCUUCGAAAUCUCCUUCUUCUUCACCAUCAACUUCACCAUCCGAUGCACCUUCUACAAUUCCAAGCAGUAGUCCAUCUACAAUCCCUAGCAUCAGCCCCUCCGAUUUUCCAUCAUCAUUCCCUAGCAUGGUUCCAUCAGACAUGCCUUCUACAAGUCCAAGCACCAGCCCCUCGGAUGUGCCUUCUACAUCUCCUUCUGCUGCACCUUCAACUUCUCCCUCUGAGGUGCCCUCAAAGAGCAGCAGCCCAUCUGAUGUGCCUUCGAUGUCUCCUUCUUUUGCCCCAUCAACUAUGCCAUCACGUGAACCUUCUACAAGGCCAAGUAGUAGCCCAUCCGCACUCCCUAGCAUCAGCCCUUCAAAUUUUCCAUCCUUGCUUCCCAGCAGGGCUCCAUCUGCUGUGCCAUCUACAAGUCCAAGCAGAAUCCCAUCUGGUGUUCCUUCCAAGUCUCCUUCUCUUCACCAUCAACUUCACCAUCCGAUGCACCUUCUACAAUUCCAAGCAGUAGUCCAUCUACACUCCCUAGCAUCAGCCCCUCGGAUGUUCCAUCAUCAAGCCCGAGCAUGGCUCCGUCAGACGCACCUUCUAAAAGUCCAAGCAGUGGUCCAUCUACACUCCCUAGCAUCAGCCCCUCGGAUGUUCCAUCGUCAAACCCCAGCAUGGCUCCAUCAGAUGUGCCUUCUACAAUUCCAAGCAGAAGCCCAUCAACACUCCAAGCACCAUUCCCUCACAUGUUCCAUCAUCAAGCCCGAGCAUGGCUCCAUCAGACGCACCCUCUAA